GCCUGACACCUGCAGACAUCCAGAUAACAAUUGGUGGUACAGUGUGUGAGGUCAUUGACCUCAAAGCAGAUGCAUUAACUUGUGAGAUCCCAGACAUGAGUCAGGCUGUGCAAGAUCCUCUUGGCUACAAGGUUCAGCUUCAGGUGGCAUCCAGCUCAACUGUGAUUGGCUACAUGAAGAUUGACCCUCGACCUUUCCCAUGGUAUGCCAUUGUCAUAGUCAUCUUAAUCGUCGUCUGUAUCAUCGUCUUCAUUGUUGUAUGGCGUGUCCGUCAGCAGUCCAAAGAGGAAGGCCCAGACUUGGCAGCAGGGGUGAUAGCGCCGUCUAUCAUGUUUCGUCAGACCAGCAGCACAGGUGAUUACAUGAGAACACCUUCAUCGUCAGCAGAGUCUGCCUUUGCUGGUAUCCCUGAUGAGAACAGACCACUGUUGGAGGUCAUUCAUAAGGAUCUAGCCAUGCAGAUUAGUGAGUUUCUCAUCAAUGAAGAUAACCUCAAGCAAGGAGAUAUGGUCGGUCAAGGUCAUUUUGGUUGUGUAUACCAGGGCAAGGUAUGGCAGGAUGGUACCUCCUUCCCUGUUGCCAUCAAGUCCUUACUGCGGGGGGAGCAGGAAGAUGUCACUAACUUCUUACGGGAGGGCAUCAUGAUGAAGGACUUCAAGCAUCCUCACGUCUUGGAGCUGAUUGGUGUUUGUAUCAAUAGCAAUAAUAUGCCACUUGUUGUGCUGCCAUUCAUGAAGCAUGGAGAUCUGCUAACCUACAUACGGGACCCCAAAAAUGAGCUAACAGCCAGAGACCUGCUUGAAUUUUGUCGGCAAGUCGCAGAGGGAAUGGCCUACCUAGCCAACCAAUUUGUCCAUCGAGACCUGGCAGCCAGGAACUGCAUGUUGGAUGACAACCUGCGAGUCAAGAUUGCCGAUUUUGGCCUGUCUCGAGACCUGUGAAAGGAUUACUACAGUGCUAAGGAUAAGACAGCUAAGCUGCCUGUCAGAUGGAUGGCACUGGAAAGUCUGGAGAGGAAUGUCUACAACACUAAGACUGAUGUGUGGUCAUUUGGUGUGGUGAUGUGGGAGUUUCUAACCCGUGGCAUGACUCCAUAUCCUUCUGUGGAUAACUGGGAUAUCAGUUCCUACUUACAGAGAGGCCGCAGACUGCACCAGCCUUUGCAUUGCCCAGACCAUGUGUAUCAGAUCAUGAUGAACUGUUGGUCCGCAAGUCCGGUGGAUCGGCCAACCUUUGAGGAUCUGGUCAGGGAGAUAACAGACAUCCUGAUGGCAUCCGUGGACCAACAGUCGCAAGAAAACCAGGUCUAUUUCAACGUUGUACCUAGCAUCAACUAACAUACUCCAGAAUGCUCUAUCCAAUAUCUUCAGAAGAUGACUGGUAGCCAGCAUCAACACUCAACUUGUGGGUAAUCUUAUUAUGAACCAACAUUCCAUUCACAUGAGUUGAAUGUUGUCAUAAGACCAGCAGCUUCAGAAAAGGACCAGAUGUGUUUUAAGACUGGUACCCAACGUAAACAAAACUAAUUAUGGAUAUAUUAAAUGUAGAUUUUUUUUUUUUUUUGGAAG